UUGUCAUGUUACAAAAAUGACUAUUCAUAUAUCGAUAUCGUAGUGUUUAUGUCCAAAAAAUAUCGAAUAAAUUUCUACGUCGAAAUCAGUAAAAAAUUGUUAAAUUGAAUUGUUUCUAUUCUGUCCUGAUUGUUUUUCACCUUGUGUAAUAUUUGUUGCUAAAUAGAUUAAUGGAUACAUAAAUCGUCUAGAGAAUUUCAAUACAUGAACGAAAUAUAUAGGAAACAAAUUUUUCAUAUCGGUGAAUUCAUCAAGCUCUCUUUUUUCUUUCUUUCUAUAUAUAUUCUCUCUCUAUAUAUAUACAUAUAUAUCGAUAAUUGAAGAGAAAAUAAUAUUAAAAUAUAUUCAAUAAAAAUUAAUUCCAAACUCUGAAUAGAAAAGCAAGAAAAAUUAAAAAUGCGAGUGAAUGUAAAUGCAUUACAAGUAUUAAUACUUUUAUUUGUAUUUCAAAGAGGAGAAUCGAAAGCUAUUAAAUGUUAUCAAUGUAAUAGUAAAAAGGAUAAAGAUUGUACUAUCAAUACGGUAGAUAUAAGAUAUUUGAAGCCAUGUCCUGCGUCACAACCAUUUUGUCGUAAAGCUGUGUACAUAUAUUAUUUUAUGAAUUCUCGAGAGUAUAUAAUAAUACGUGAAUGCGCAAAGUGGUGGAACAGUGACAAGGAAUGUUACAGAGGUCGUUAUCCACGUGAUAGUUAUCAAUACGUAUGCGAGUGUAAGAAUACAGGAUGCAAUCGAUCGACGAGAUUCUCAUCGAAAACUAUUAUUUUUUUGUACAUUUUGUGUCAAAUAAUUAUCUUUAUCGUUGGAAAUCCUACCUGACACAAAUGCAUCUUUAAAAAUAGACUAGAGACAUUUAAUUGAUUAUCAUGACGACAUUCCUUUAUCAUGACAUUCUCGCAAUAAUUUUACUUACGAAUAGAGUAUAUAAAAAAAAAAAAAAAACGACACACAGUUGUUGAUACAUUUACGAUAUAAAUUUAAUAAGUCUGAACAAUUUUUUUGUGUAACAAAAUGUAAUAGAAAUAGAAUGUAUAUUAUACAUAUGAAAAAAAUAUGUAAAAUGUAUGUAAAAAAAAAAUAUAUAUAUAUAUAGCGAGAGCACUAGAGAAGAAUGUUGUUUAAAUUGAAAAGAAAAAGGGAAAACGCCAUUGUGAUUGUCUUACAACUUGUCUGAAUAAAGAAAUUUUAUUAUUUUCAA